AUGCUUCUCCGGACCACCGGCCGACUUGCCACCGAUGCAGCCACCUUCGGCGGUCGUGCCAGCGCAUGGCGUCGGACAUUGGCCACAGCGUGCGACCAAGCGGGACCGAGUCGGUCGGACAUGCACUUUGAUGUGGUCGUCGUAGGUGCGGGUCACGCAGGGAUCGAAGCCGCCACGGGCUCUGCUCGCACGGGCGCACGCACGCUGCUCGUCACCACGAGCAAAGCGAGCAUCGGCGAGCUGAGCUGCAAUCCGAGUCUGGGCGGGGUGGGCAAGGGAACGCUGGUGCGCGAGGUGGAUGCGCUCGGUGGCCUCUGCGGCGUGGUGGGGGACAAGGCGGGCAUCCAAUACCGCAUGCUCAACAGGUCAAAAGGUCCAGCUGUACACGGCCCCAGGGCACAGAUCGAUAGGACGUUGUACAGGAAGCACAUGCAGAGCGCCGUCGACGGCUAUCCGAACCUCACCAUCCACGAGGCGAAAGUGCACGGACUGCAGCUGGAUUGGACGCACAACUCUACACAAGACCAACCGAGGGCUGUUGUUCGUGGCAUCACCACUGAUGACGGCGACAGGAUCAGCUGCAGCCAAGUGGUGCUUGCAACCGGCACCUUUCUGUCUGCCUACAUUCAUCUUGGUCUCGAAUCGCGACCGGCAGGUCGAAUGCUGCCUCUGCCGUCACGUUCAGACGACCCAGCGUCGGACGGGCUCAGCCAAAGCCUCGCACGCGCAGGCUUUCAGCUUGGCCGGCUCAAGACGGGCACGCCGGCGCGCAUUGCCGCAUCAUCCGUGCGUCUGGGCGCCCCGUGGCAGGAGGGAGUGGAGGUCGACUCGCGAUUCGAGGUGGUCACGGGCGAUGUGCGGCCGGCUGCGUUUUCGUUUCUGCACGACGCGCCCGACAUGGAUCCAGGGGCGCAGGUCGCAUGCUGGGGUACACGUACUGUCGACGCCACGCACGAGCUCGUGCGGCAGAAUCUGGACCAGUCGAUCCACAUCAAGGAAACGGUGCGCGGCCCACGAUACUGCCCGUCGAUCGAGUCCAAGGUGAUCCGGUUCGCGGACAAGGACAGCCAUCCGGUGUGGCUCGAACCUGAAGGCCGACCUGGAACGGCUGACGGCGGUAUUUUGUACCCGAAUGGACUUUCUUGUACGCUGCCGGCUGAUCUGCAAGAGGCGAUGCUGCGGACCAUCCCGGGCCUGGAGGAGGCGGUGAUGAUCCGUCCCGGCUACGGCGUGGAAUACGAUCAUGUGGAUCCACGCGAGCUGCGGCACAGUCUCGAGACCAAGAGGAUCACGGGUCUGUGGAUGGCUGGCCAGAUCAACGGCACUACGGGCUACGAAGAAGCUGCAGCGCAAGGCUGCAUUGCCGGUCUCAAUGCCGGAUUCAAAGCCACGGGUCGCAGCGUGCUGCAAGUGGGUCGUUCGGACGGGUACGUUGGGACCAUGAUCGACGAUCUUGUGAUGCAGGGUGUUGAGGAGCCGUAUCGGAUGUUCAGCUCGCGCAGCGAGUAUCGGAUGACGCUGCGCGCGGACAAUGCCGAUUCGCGCCUCACGCCGCUGCUGCACGCUGCUCAUGCGGGCGCGGUGUCGGAUGCAAGAUGGCGUCGAUUCUGCACGAUGCAGGCAGACAUGGAGUAUGCGAUGGAGCUGCUGAAGGGCAAGCGAAUGAGUGCACAUGCCUGGAUCAAGGCGGGCUUCCACUGUUCAAGCGACUCGCACGAGCGGAGCGGACUCGACAUGCUACGACAGCCACGACUCGGUAUCCGCGACCUGGUCCCAAUCAUCUCCGAGCUAAAAGGACUUGGGGAGACGGCUCUGGACCGCGUCGAGAUCGAGGCGAGGUACAUGCCGCACCUCGAGCGCCAGGCCCAGGAGAUCGAGGCAUUCAACACCGAGACGCAGCUCCGCUUUCCGGACGGCUUCAACUUUGGCAGCGUGCCCGGGCUCAACUCGCAGCUGCGCGAGAAGCUGCAGCUUCUGCAACCGACGUCGUUGGCCGCGCUCAAGUCGAUCCCGGGCUGCACUCCGGCCAACUACGCUACCUUGUGGCGGUACGCCGUGCAGAAUGAGGCCAACGCACAGCGGGCUACCGUGUAG